UUACACGCUGCGGGCCAGUCUCCCAAUUGAACCAUUAAAUUAUAUAAAAUUGUUCAAAGCAGAACGAAAAGAUACAUUCAGAAAAAAUAUUCUAUAUAAACCCCAUGGCUUAACCAAUCUUUCCCAUAUCCUUAAUUCCUCCCUUCCCAUCACUUCUCUCUUUUUCUCUCACCUCCAACCUCUUCUCUCACUAAAACCAUCUCUCUCUCUGGAGAUCUGCAUUUGGAGUUGACUGGUUCUCUCGUUACUAUUCAGUUGGUCGGUCCAAUUAAUUUACAGUGUUCAAAGUAGUCCAGUAUGGUUGCGGAAAAGAGAUUUGCUCUCAAAGUGAACAUCCAGUGCUGUACUAGAUGUCCAGAAAUUGUGAAGAAGGUACUGGACAAGGCUGAUGGAGUGCGUUCAAUUGACAUUGAUACAAAUGAAGGGACGGUCACAGUCACAGGCACAGGCACGGUAGAACCGAAGUCAACCAUAAAAGCGCUUAAAAAGAAGGGCAAGAUAGCAGAGGUGUUGUGGGAGGAAUUGCACUCCUCCUCCAAGAGUAGUAGCGAUGAUCAGCUGAAGAUUGUACCAGCCAAACCACUUCAUCACAACCCACACACCGCACCAGAACUGCAGCAAUUGUCCAAAAACAAUCAAGGAUGCAGUGGAUGCAAGGAGCCAGGUCUUGGACCUAGACGCAGAUGUGACUCCUGCGACUAUGAACUUCACAAGGAAUGUUGGAAACCCCAACACGAAAUAUCCAAUGAAUUUUUCAAAGGAUGCACCUUCAAAUUCUUUGAUAGACUGUCAAGGAGAACCUGUGAUGCUUGUGGGAAGGACAUAUGUGGCUUUGGUUACCACAGCGAAGCCAAAGGCAAGUCACUGGACCUGCACCCUUGUUGCAGCAAACUCAGAAGUAAGAUAUUUAUAGAUGGUAAUGAAUUUGAGCUUCGUGACAAGGUGUUAUUAAAAUGCAAGUGGUGCAACAACAAACAUCUUCAUGGCGACAAAACCAGCAUUUCGGGCUGGUCUUACAUUUCUGCUCCCAAGAAAUGUCACUACCAUGUGCACUGCGUGACUGAAAUGGUGGAACAGGCAUGGAAGCAGGGGUUCAUCGAUAACAUUGAUUCUGUGGCAUUAGAGAAGACGGAUCCACAGCUCCUACAUAAUUCGAAUAGGAAUGAUGGAAAAAGAGAUGGUGAUCAGAUCAGUGGACAAACAUCGAAGAUAUUCCUCAAGACCAUAGUUGGUGUUCUUUUGGGGGAUCCAACCGCGACUCUUCUGUCUCUGCUCGUGAAUCUGCUUAUAUCGUAAAACAUGGAGCAGAGAUGCAAGACACGCCAUGAACAAUUUAUCAAUGUCUUUUGUUUAAUUGUUUGUUUAUUUAUUUAUUUUGGAUUUGUCUUUAUGGUUGCUUAUGUUGGCUUGAUGACCAGUGGCUAUUCAGUGAUUUGGAUAUUGUAUGACCUUAUCAGCUAUAAUUAUAUGUAAUUCAGGGGAAGUACUGGUAAUUAAUGUUGGUCACAUUUCUUGGAGAUCA